AUGUGUGUAGCUCAAUUCAGUUUUGUGACUCCAUCAAAUCAUGCUUUGCAGAUUCAAGCCUUUCCCAUAUCUCUGCUUUCUGUGAAAAUCUUGCAAGCUAGAAAUAUCACUAUAGCAGAUAUAUUGAGUGGAACUGAUUGCUAUGUUACACUGUGGCUACCAACAGCUUCGAAAGAGGAAGCAAGAACUCAAACAGUCUUAAACUCCAAUGAUCCUAUGUGGAAUGAAACCUUUUAUUUCACGAUACAGAAUCAAGUGAAGAACAUCCUGGAACUGAGGAUUUAUGAUGAAGACCUGCUCACAAAAGACGACCUUCUCUUUACUGUUCUUUUUGAUGUAGCAGAAGUCAGUCCUGGAGAGAGAUUCCAUGUAACUUUCAUUCUCAAUCCAGAGAGAAGUGAAGAACUGGAUGUAGAGUUCAUCAUGAAGGAAAAUUUGGAUGACCUUGAAAAUAUCACCACAAACUACAUCCUAGUGGCCCGUCCAGUUUCUUGUUUAAAUGUUUGUGUGGCCAAGGGGAAAAGUAUGAAGUAUUUAAAAGAGGAUGGUGACCUUCAGUUGAGAGUGAAGGGAUCACAUGAAGAUACAUGGAAAACUGUUUUCAAAUCUGGAUUGGUGGAAUGCUUUCAGUUCCAUUAUCCAACACACUGGGAACCAGAAUUAAAUGGCCAACUGCAGCAUUGUUCAAGUAAUGGGGGGCAAGACAAACAGAAUUCAUCUGCAUCCUUGACUAUACCUCUGAAAUUAUUUUCUGUGGGGCAGGAGGUGAACGUAGUCCUCCCAGCAUCAGAGGAUACUAAUCUAGAACUGAAGUUGCACACACAGACUUGCUCAGAACACCUUGAUGUGCGUUUGGGAUUUGAUCUGUGUGGAGAGGAGCAGGCUUUUCUGCACAAACGAAAGAAAGUGGUUGCAGAUGCUCUGAAAAGUGUCCUCCAGUUAAAAGAGGGUCUGUUGGAUCACGAGGUUCCAGUAGUGGCAGUCAUGGCCACAGGAGGUGGAUGCCGAGCAAUGACAUCUCUUUAUGGGCAGCUCUCAGGACUGAAGAAGCUUGGGGUUCUGGACUGCAUAACAUAUAUCAGUGGCACUUCUGGCUCAACUUGGACCAUGUCAAAUUUAUAUGAAGAUUCUAGUUGGUCCCAAAAAGAUCUGGAGAGGCCAAUCCGUGAGGCUAAGAAGCACAUGACAAAGAACAAGAUAAGCACUUUUUCUCUGGAGCAUCUGAUUUAUUAUCAAAAUGAGCUGAGCCAAAGGGCUAAAGAGGGCAUUGCUACUUCUUUUAAUGAUCUGUGGGCAGUGGCUCUUGAGAAUAUAUUGCACGAUAGGGUGAAUGAUUUUAAACUCUCUGAUCAGCAACAUGCUGUGAAUCAAGGGCAGAAUCCCCUACCCCUCUAUUUAGCCCUUAAUGUGAAAGAAAACCAUAUUUCUACUUUUGAUUUCAAAGAAUGGUGUGAAUUCUCCCCCUAUGAAGUUGGUUUUCUAAAGUAUGGUGCAUUUAUCCGAUCAGAAGAUUUUGGAAGUGAAUUCUUCAUGGGACGGCUGAUGAAGAAAAAUCCAGAGUCCCGGAUCUGUUAUUUAGAAGCUUUAUGGAGCAAUAUCCUUGCUGUGAAUCUGCUUGAUGUGUGGAAUAAACUGAGCAGUACAGAUGAAUGUUGGCAGAAACUUAUCAGAAAUAAACUAAGAAACAUUGAGAUAAAUUAUAUUCCACCAAAAAGCUCCUCCUACUUGGGGACCUCUUGGAUGUGUCCUGAUGGGAUGCUCUUUAAAAUUAUAAGGAACAUUUUAACUGAUCGUCCAUUGCACCAUCAUAUCCAUAACUUCCUCAAAGGUUUCCAUAUGCAUAAAAACUAUUAUCAAGAGAGCCAGUUCUCUACGUGGAAAGACAGCCGACUGGAUCAGUUUCCUAAUCAACUGACACCAUUAGAAGAUGGCAUCUGCUUGGUCGAUGCUGCGUAUUUCAUCAAUACUAGCUGUCCCCCACUCUUAAGGAAGGAGAGGAAAGUGGACAUCAUCUUAUCAUUUGAUUACUCUCUGGAUAACCCUUUUCAGUCUAUAGAACAAACUGGAAAAUACUGCUUGGAGCAGGGAAUUCCUUUCCCCAGGAUUUUGCUGAGUGAGGAAGACAAGAAGAAUCCAAGAGAGUGUUAUCUAUUUGUGGAAGAUGAAAAUAAAGAAGCCCCCAUUGUGCUUCAUUUUCCGCUUGUGAAUGAUACAUUCCAGAAAUUUAAAGAGCCAGGGGUGGAACGUAGGCAAAAAGAAAUGGCUGAAGGCACAGUCCCUCUUUCUGGCAAUUGUUCACGAUACCAACUGAUGGAUUUUACAUACACUAAGAAAGACUUUGACAAACUCCUGAAGCUGACUGACUACAACAUUCAGAAUAACAGCGACUUGAUUCUUCAGGCUCUCUCUAUAGCUAUAAAAUGGAAAAAAUGUGGCAGGAAAUGA